GAGAAGCAGGGAUUCCAUUGAUGAAGCUGAUUUAGAUUAAAAGGGGUUCCUAUUUUGGAACAAUUGUCCUUAGAGGAACGGCUGCUCCGGACUAGUUCAGAUAAUUGGUGUCUGAUUAAUGAUGGCACAAAUUCCCCUGCCAUUGUAAUGGGCUUGUCUGGGAAACUUUCAGAACUUGUCGAAGUCAGGUCUGUGUUGCGAGAUCAGAUUCCUGUCAUCAGAAGAUUUUCUGGGGGAGGCACUGUUAUUGUUGACCAAGGGACCAUAUUUGUUACUCUCAUAUGUAAUAAAGAUGCCGUUCCAGAUAUUCAACCCUUUCCCCGUUCCAUCAUGUCGUGGAGUGGUCAGUUAUACAGUGAAGUUUUCAAAGGGAUUGGUGAUUUCCAGCUCUGCGAGAAUGAUUAUGUGUUUGGUGAUCGUAAGUUUGGUGGAAAUGCUCAAUCUAUAAUCAAGCACAGGUGGAUCCACCACACAUCUUUCUUAUGGGAUUACGAGGUUAAGAACAUGGCCUACCUCAAGUUACCAGCAAAGGCUCCCAAUUACCGACUUGCUAGGGGCCAUAUGGAUUUUGUAUGUCGAAUGAAUGAAUUUCUGCCUCGAUCGGAAUUUGUACGAAAGACAAUUAAGGCAAUCAGAUCUCGUUUCUCUCUGGAAUCUGUAGCUGAUAAUAUUGCGGAGAUCGAUGUUCCCUCUGCAACCCAUUUUUCUCCCAGCACUAGGCUUGUUACUGAGCAUGAUAUAAGGGAAGUGUGUCACCAGUCACAAAAUAUCAUUCAGUGAUGUGGUGAGGUGAUUGCCAAAGCAUGAAGGUAGAUUGCAGCGACAUGUCUCUCUUUCACAUCCUUCAGUGCAGGAUUCUUUGGUUCCAUACUUGAAUUCAUGCCUUUGUUUCAUCUUUAAUGGGAUAAAUCUGUACCAAAACUUGUUUCGUCUUCAAUGGGAUAAAUCUGUACCAAAACCUAUUGUUUAUUUAUUGGGGCCAAAAAAAAAAAAAGAAAGAAAAGAAAAGGCCAAAGAACUGUUCUUAGGUUUUUUUUUUUUGGACGAAGUUCUUUGUUAAUUUUUCCAUCUCGUCUUUGGUUAAAAAGCAAGAUGUCAACGCUCUGGACUCAGUAUGCAACUAACUUGAAAACUACAGAUAGUAACAAACUUGCCCCUUAGCUCACCAUCAAUUUAGCGUUGGCCCUCUGCUCAGUCUACCAGUUACUAGGAAGUAGUGAUACACCCAAAGGGGUCUCGAAUAUUAUCAAUAAAAUUAGGAACUUGGUUAUAAAAGAUUGGAUUGUUAUUUUUAAUUAUGAUUUAAGAGAAUUGAAUAAAUGUGUAAAUUGACUUGUUUGUCAUGUAUCAAAUGACAAUCUA